AUGGAAACGCAACCUAAAGUUGACUCAACUACACCAUCGAGCACAUCAAAUUUCAACACGGCAAGCGAGAGCCAUCCGCACGAAGCAGCCGAGGAUCCCGGUGACGAUAUACCACCAUUCAUCGAAGACGAUCUCAGCCUCCGCUUUCCUCGACCAUACGGUUCAAGGCAUCUUGCCAGCUGGGUCAUUAACAGCGAUCCUGACAUUAUGCGUGUAACAAGCGUACCCGGGCCCGACGACGGCAGUCUGGCGGACUCCACAUACGAACUCAUUCAUACCGCGGACGACAGCAACAGCGAGUGGUCGCAUGAUGAAAACAUGGACGACAACGACAUUAUGGGCGAGUCGACUGGCUCUCUGGACCAACAUUGCACGGACGAGGCGCACAGCGCCACUGGAGAAAUGGAGCCAGGUGUCCAAGUACUUGAUGAGAGUUCAGGCAUGACUGAAAGGCCAGCUGCUCAGAUGUCCAGGUCAGCGCCAGACAGCGCUGACGCAGACUCCGAUCACGAUCAGGCUCCCUCCACUCCGUCUCUUGACUAUGCACAUGAGACACUUGACAUGCCGUCAUUUUUCGUGGAAAAGCCCGAGCAAUCCGAGCCAGGUCCUGCGAAGAAGCAUGCUGUUCCUAAUGAGUCAAGGCACACAAAGAAGCGUGCUGUCCUCGAGCUGCUCAAGGAUUACCAGGUCUUUGUGCCAAACGCGACUGACUUUCAUGAACACCGAUCGUUGAUGAUUGCACUUGUACUUAGCGCGCUGGCUAUGUUAGGUACGAUCCUUACAUCGUACUCUCUCCCCACGCUCCAGGAGGGCCGCAACGUUCCCAACCUUCUGGCCUUGCCUUCGACAUCUACCUCUUCGCACCUUGUCUGGAGCACACCUUCUGACAAGCAAAGUCCUUCAUCGACAGUCAGUGAGAGGACUCCUGAUCCUCAGGCACAAGACGAGAGUAGCAGCUAUGACUGGAUCUUUGGACCUCCUCGACCGAAAAUGAGUUACAUCAUCCACGGCAACAAGUUUACAGCUCACGUUGCCGAAGACGUCAAAGCUGGAUGGAAGUACCAAGACUGCGUCACUAUUCAAGCCUACAGGGACGGACAUCAGAUCUUCACCACCAAGGGCGAUCAUGAAGAUGGCUUCUUCGCCACGAUCCCUGCAGCCGAGAAAUACGGCGACGUCGAGUUUGUCCUAGAGUCAACAUGCAAACCAGUCACUCGUCGUGCAGUCCACAUUCGAUUUGCCACCUUUACGGAAAGCUUUGAAGCCUUGACAGAAAGCGUCAAAAAUCGUCGCUCUCUACCAGAGAUCACCAAGGCUUUGGUUCCCGUGCUCGAGCAUUUCACCAACCCUUAUAUCGUGGGACGUCACAUUAGCGACAGAGCUCGCGACGCUGCCCAAUCUGCUCGACAUGGCAUGAUGGAAGUUCCCAGCCUGACUUCCAACAUCGUGAACAGGGCUACGCAAACCUUCAACCAUGCGUCCGAUAUCCGAACUGCUGGUAUUGAGGCAACGAAACGUGUGGCUGGACAGCUCAGUCAUGUACAGAUGGGGCUGCACUUGGGGCUUUUGGACGCCCAGAUUGCCGCGAAACUAUCUUGGCUUGGCAUCACGGGCAAGCGGCAUGCGCAAGAUGAGUAUCGCCGCAAAGCUGAGGUCUUCAUGGCAGACAAGCGUGCCAAAGCCGGGCAGCUUGUCUAA